AUGGCCACUGCAGCCCCCCAAGCUGCUCCUAGCAGCACCUCCUUCAAGGACAAGGAGAAGCCUAUGGCGGUGCGGACAUCAAACAUUCUUGCGGCUAGAGCUGUUGCCGAUGCUAUCAGAACGUCACUGGGUCCCAGGGGAAUGGACAAGAUGAUCCAAACUCCCAAAGGAAACACCAUCAUCACCAACGAUGGAAACACGAUGCUCAGAGACAUGAGCGUUAUGCACCCCGCCGCCCGAAUGCUGGUCGAUCUGAGUGCCGCCCAAGAUGUUGAAGCUGGAGAUGGGACUACAUCAGUUGUUGUCAUCGCCGGAAGCUUGCUUGGUGCCGCCGAGCGUCUGCUUGGAAAGGGUAUUCACCCCACUGUCAUCUCCGAAUCUUUCCAAAGAGCCGCCGCCGCCGCUGUUGAGAUCCUCCACAAUAUGUCUCGCCCGAUCAACCUGAUGGACCGUGCUACCCUGCUCCAAGCGGCCUCAACCUCCCUCUCCUCCAAGAUUGUUUCGCAACACUCCAGCCUCCUGGGUCCUAUGGCAGUCGACUCGGUGUUGAAGGUUGUCGAUCCCAAGACGGCAGAGAAUGUGGAUCUGAGGAAUAUCAGAAUUGUGAAGAAGGUUGGAGGAACAAUUGAGGACAGUGAGAUGAUUGACGGUCUGGUCCUGAAUCAGCCUGUUAUCAAGAGCAGUGGUGGUCCCACACGGAUUGAAAAGGCUCGGAUAGGAUUGAUCCAGUUCCAGCUCAGUCCUCCCAAGCCUGAUAUGGAGAACCAGAUUGUCGUCAACGACUACCGUCAAAUGGACAAGAUCUUGAAGGAGGAACGUCAAUAUCUGCUAAACAUGGUCAAGAAGAUUCAAAAGACAAAGUGCAAUGUCCUUCUGAUUCAAAAAUCUAUCCUCCGUGACGCCGUCAACGAUCUGUCCCUUCACUUCCUCUCCCGCCUCAAGAUCCUUGCCAUCAAGGACAUCGAGCGUGACGAAGUUGAGUUCCUGUGCAAGAGCUUGGGCUGCAAGCCCGUCGCAAACGUCGACUCCUUCACGGAAGACAAGCUCGGAACCGCUGAUCUCGUCGAGGAAGUCCAAGCCUCCGGCGCCAAGUACGUCAAGAUCACCGGCAUCAAAACCCCCGCCAACGCCGCCAACCAAACCGUGUCCAUCGUCGCCCGCGGCGCCAACAACCUCAUCCUCGACGAAGCCGAGCGCUCCCUUCACGACGCCCUCUGUGUCAUCCGUUGUCUGGUCAAGAAGCGCGCCCUUAUCGCUGGCGGCGGCGCCCCCGAAAUCGAAGUCGCCAACACCCUCGCCAUGCGCGCGCGUGAACUCACGGGAACCGAGUCAAUCUGCUGGAAGGCCUUUGCUGAAGCCAUGGAAGUCAUCCCUACGACUCUUGCCGAGAACGCCGGUCUCAACUCCAUCAAGGUCGUCACGGACCUGCGACACCGCCACGCACAAGGCCAGGUCAAUGCCGGUGUCAGUAUCCGCAGCGGCGGCGUAAAGGACGAUAUCACCGAGGAGAAUAUCUUGCAGCCUCUUCUUGUCAGUACCAGUGCGAUUGAGCUUGCUGCGGAGACGGUGAAGAUGAUUCUGAGAAUUGAUGAUAUUGCCCUGUCGAGGUGA